UCUUGUUACACUUCACAGGGCAAAAAAAAAUGCUUUCUUAUCAAUUGGUAUUGAUUGCCGUAAUCAGCUUGCUACUAACCUCCACUGUGAAUGCAAUAUGUGCUCCAUGGCCGGCAAACGAAAAUCAUUGUAAUGGAGCGAUCGACAAGAUUAUAUUUCAGGAUGGAAAACUUCCAAUGAUUGAAACCGAAGUAGCAGCAGUAUCGGAUACUUGUAGUCUAAUCGUCAUUAAUUCACAUCAACAGGUUGUUACAAAAGACCUCAUCAAAAGCGGUCUUUCUGAGCUUUUCAAGCAAUGUCAUGGCAAGGGUGGUUUGGUGGAGGUUCCAAGUAACCGGAAGGUCAAGGUGGCCGUCAAAGCACGUGCCCCAGCAGGCACACAAUGGGAGGCAUGGAAUGCAAACGCCGAGCUGAACAAGCCGUACUGCUAUCUGCCAAAAGGAGAUCCAGAAGUGAAACUUAAGGAUGAUUGUAUUAAAGCCUACAAUCAAAUCCCCACCGAUGCCCAAGGACGCUUGACUGACAAAUCUGAUCACCCGCUCACGCUCACGGUAAUGGUAGUCGUCUUUGGAUCAUGCAGCUUAGCUUUCACCUCUACGGAUGGAUCCGUCUUUCAAUUGAAUAAGAAAGAUUCUACCCAAAUCAUCACUAGAAUGAUCCAAGAAUGUGAUAGGAAGCACGGUUCAGUGAAUUUAAAAGGGACUCAAGGACCAAAUGGAAGAGUCUUGGUCCACACAUAUGCAACCAAGUAA